UGGCAUUCGGUUGCGUAUGCUGUAGUUAGUGUGUGAAACUAAUGUGUUUCGGCUGUGUACAAGGUUAAGCAUCAGGCAGCGGCUGCAAGUUGCAUAUUUACAUAUUUGAUGCCCGCUUGGCCGUGGCUUUAACCUGUCUAUUUCCUGUGGUGUAGCGAAAAAUGGGCAAGGCUAGGCCGAGGUCAUCGCUGGCUUCGCUAUUAGGCCUAGGUGUUGUUUUCUGCUGAAAACGCAACGCGCUGUAUUUAAAAAAACCUUUUUUUACCUUAGAUUCGCUUGUAAAUGUUUACUUGUGUAUUUGACUGUUGGACUGUGAAAGCAUCGCAGCGAGAUCUAAGUUAUUACGUAUUCAGGGCCGUACGAUAUAGCAUUCCCUUCGGUCGUCGACAAGGAGUUUGUCAGUAGAGAUCAAUCCAUUUUGAUUGAAUUUGCUGCCAAGCUUUCUUUCGCUGUGCAUUCAAGGUGUUGCUUCUUUAUGGUAUUGUAGGAAAAUCGACGCCAGCAUUAUUUGUUAGUUUCACUCAAAGCGUGGCUGUCUCGUUUCGCGUUUUCAGCGCGAGAUGGGCGCUUGCGUCGCCGCGAACUAGGAAGAUGGGUACGAUGUUGAGCACUUUACGAACUUCCUGAUAUUUUUUAUAUUGCAGUUACUGGACAUUAAGUACGUUUGUGCCUUGCGUCCGGUGGCCCUGAUUAAAGUUAUGAUAGCUCUAACUGGUUGUAUAAGUGCUCCUCACUUGCUCUGCUAGUCGCGCUAGCUGGUCGGCUCGCGUGCUUGAUGGGCUAGCGAGCGUGCUGUACGGUUUAAUCCUGUCACCGUGCAAACAGAUUUCUGCACGCACGUGCAUGCCGCCUCACCCGUGAGUUGUUACGAAGCAUAGGUGGCACUAUUUUGUUCGCGGAACACCCCUGCUGGCACGCGCUUAUUCAUUCCUUGUAGCUUCCUUGUGCGCGUGAUCUGUCGGCGUUCUUCAUUUUCUGCUAGCUGAAGAAUUUAUAUUGCAAGUGUUCUGCUGCUCCCCACACAAGUGAAUAUACGUCUUUUCUUGUCGCAAGCCGUUUUCCUAUCGCGUUUGAUAUAGCGCGCCGUGUCGUCGGCGUGGCAUGGACGUGAAGCUAAAAUCGGCCUUCCUUACUUGCAUGCUAGCGAGUAGUAGUUCCAGAGGAAAGAUCUAACAUCUUAAUCUAUACGCCUUUGAUUCUAGUGCCGCAUGUUGAAGUAAAGUUGGAUGAUGCCAGUACUGCAUUCAGAGAAAGAACAAGAGCCUAGGCCACCUGCUGAGGCUAGCAAGAUGCCAGCAGCUCCAGGCAGUGCUGACGCUGGCCUUGACAGUGUAUUAGCAGAUGCAGCCGAUCCUGACGUUCCAGCGGUUGAACUCUGUGCAGUUAGUAUUGAUGUGCCCGACAGUGUUGAGACAGUUGUUGUGAACACUUCAAAUGGCACACCUGGAGUCUCUCUUAGUGAUACCACUCUGCCUGAUGCUGUUGUAAGUGCUGUGCUGAAAAGUGAUUCUGCUGCUGGGACACUUGACGAUGCUUCAGGCCUUCCAGAUGCUGCUGCAGCAGCUGCACUCUCAUCUGUGGUUGACAGUGAGCCAGCUGCCGUUGAAACUGUGGUCUCUACGGAGGCUUUGCCUGAUGUCACGGUGCCAUCGACGUCUGGCUUGUCAUCUGUGUCCACGUCGUCAAGUGUGUCUGACCGCUGUGAUGCGCGCAUAGUCCGCUUCAACAACCGUGACCUAGAGAGCCUGCGUAAAAUCCAGAAUGAGCUGAACACACGCAAAUCUGGUGGAGUGCCACGCAGUCCAGGCAGCCCCAUUGUGAUCAGAGCAGAGCUGACAAGUCCGCAGAAAGGGGUGUCAGCACAGGCACCCCAAGUUCUGGUUGUGCAGAAGCCCUCACCAGGGUGCUCCCCCAAGAAGGCUGACAUCCGGGUCAUCCACCCCCCAGGCCUCACUGUGCGCAGACAGCUACAGAUGAGUGUGCCAGCAGUGUCAGGCGGAGGCACCACCUCGGGGGGCCUGACCAAGGUGAUCCUGCAGCCAGCAGGGCAGCUUAUGAGUGGUGCUACCUUCCAGUUUGUGGGUGCCAUGGCAGGCGCUGGUGGCCAAGCAGCUCAGCCCACCCUGGUGCUCUCCAGUCCCACUCGUGCGACUCCCAUUCGUACAACCACUGGGCAGCAACUGGUGCGUGUGGCUGCACCAGGCACCACUUCUGUCUCAGCACCCAAGGGCAUGUAUGUGGUAUCGCCAAUGAAGGUCGGAGGAAAAGUAGCCAUGAUUCCCAUCAAUGUUGGCAAGUCGCCCCAGAGGAUUGCCCCUGCCCCCACAACGUCGUCGGUGGUUACAGGCCUUAGUGUGGCGACCAGUCGGGUGGCACUUGCUGCAAGCUCCACAAGCACUGCCACCACACCUACAGUCCGGCCAACAGUACCCACAACUACUAUCGUGCCCGUGCCAGGCAAAGUAAAUGUGCUGCUCAAGCCCUCGAUUGGUCAAGCUGUAGCUGUGUCAAGGGCUGGCACAGUGACUGCUGUUGUUCAGACGUCGAGCGCAAGUGGUGCAGUAGCAACAAGUGGCACCAGCAGUCUUGUGACAUCUGUGAGCAGCAGCUCAGCAGCCGUGCAAGUGCCAGGCAGCAAGUUUCACUAUGUGCGCCUGGUCAGUGCUCCUGCAGCAAGCACACAAGCCAGUACAGUCCUUGGUGCAGCCAAGCCUCCAACCCUUGUGCCUGUAACCUCAGCAAGGCCUCUUGUGCCAGCAGUGCCUGCGACCGUAGCAUCAAGCACUUCCAGUGCAACUUUACCUGCUGGUGUGCGGUUGACGGUGCCCAUUGCUCCAGCUAUUUCAGCCCAGCAGGGAUCAUCGACAGGUGCGACAGUGUCCAACUCACAGCGAGUACUGAUCCCCGCAUCGGCUACCUCAGUGCGCCCAUCACUGCCAACCGGACCACUGAGUAGCCUGCCGACAGCAGCACUCAUUUCCGCUGGGGGAACAUCCAUGCAGAAUGCAUUUGUGGUGGUGCCUGCCCAAUAUGUGGCCCAGUUCCAGCAGGGCACGCAGCCGUCAGCGUCCCCUUCAGCAGGCACAUCACGGGUGGUGUUUCAGACGGGAACUGGCCUCCUGGGCAGCUCCGGAGGCUUUGUACCCAUUGCAGCAGCCACCACACCUACCACAACCAGUGUCUCAGCGGGGCCCGACCACAGAGAACCACCAGCAGCAACAGUGCCUCCUGCUAAAGCUCAAGUCAACGGGACGUCAUGCGAAGAUAAUUCACGGCCCCGAAAGCCCUGCAACUGUACCAAGUCCCAGUGUCUCAAAUUGUAUUGUGACUGUUUUGCCAAUGGAGAAUUUUGUCAUAGCUGCAACUGCAAUAACUGUUUCAAUAACCUGGAGCAUGAAGAGGAACGUCAGAAGGCUAUUGGAGCCUGUUUAGAAAGGAAUCCCAACGCAUUUCGUCCAAAAAUUGGCAAAGGCAAAGAAGGAGACCAUGAGCGACGUCAUACCAAAGGCUGUAACUGCAAACGAUCUGGCUGCCUAAAGAACUACUGUGAAUGCUAUGAGGCCAAAAUCCUUUGCAGCAGUAUGUGUAAAUGUGUUGGCUGCAAGAACUUUGAGGACAGCUCGGAGCGCAAGACAUUGAUGCAGCUGGCAGAUGCAGCUGAAGUGCGUGUGCAACAGCAAGCUGCUGCUCGCACCAAGAUGUCAGCCUGUGACCUGCCAAUGCGGCCUGCUCCGGUCUCUGUCACAGGGGAAAGGCUGCCGUUUGCAUUCAUCACCCAGGAAGUGGUGGAGGCCACCUGCCAGUGCCUGCUUGCACGUGCGGAUGAGGCCGAGCGUCUCAAGAGGCCCUUUGCCGAAAUGGAGCGCUCGGUACUGGAGGAGUUUGGCCGCUGCCUGGAGGCCAUCAUUGACAGUGCACACAGAACCAAGGGCAAACCAACUGGUGACACUGCAGAAAAGAAGACCACACCUGCCAGCUUACCCCCAGAGCGUGCUGCGUCACGUAGAACUAAGACAGCCCGGCGCAUGCUCAACCUCUAAUCUGCCUCCUCUGUCUUCUGUGCGAUGCCAACGAGGAGCCUCACAGCACUGGGGGAAGUGAGGGUGUUGGGUGUUGUGAAGCUGUAUGGUGCAGCUUGCUAAGCGAAGGCAUCUCCCAGACACCAGCUGUUGUAGAAUUGCCAAUUUUCUUCUUUUAUUUUUCAUCCUCUCCUGUUUUCUGUGAGUGCUGCUUGGUGGACGUGGUUGUGUGCAAAGCUGAUGCAUGUUGAUCGAUAGUGUGAACAUUUUUUUCAUCUGAUACAUGAAUGAUAACUGUUCAGAGCACACUGGCUCCUUUGCUGCAUGAUCAGUGCACAUGGUUGGUUGUUCACGACGCAGAGUGUGAAGUUGGUUUGCGUUUGAGAAAUUUGCUCCCCACCUUUAUUUUUUGGCAGGCACACCACAUGUGCAAACCACAUUUUUGGUGUGGACAUAGUUCGUCUUGAAAGUGGACAAAAGCAAACACUUAUUGCACUGCCUUAGUGUGUGGCUAUGUGUGCCUUUGUGUCUGUUUUAGCUGUUUGUGCAGGUAGCAUGAGCAACUUUUCAGUUUUCUCAAGCUUUGACAUUAUUGCUGUUUGUAAAUAUAAACAACACCUCAUCAUUUAAGUUAUGCUAUGUACUAGUCAGCAUCUUUAUGCAUAUUCACUGGAAUUUCUGUUUUAUCCUUCUUUUGACUUGUUUUUCAUGAAACUUCAGUAAUGUGCUGUGUGGGUCAUGGCAUUCUUUACUUUUUGUUCACCUCUGUUUCAUGUUUUUACUUUUAAACAAUUGUGCUUGCUGAUUGAGAAAGGCAAAGUGGCUCUCUUAAUCUGGUGGCUUCUGGCAUUUGUCUUGUUAUUCAUCUAUUCUUUAAUCUUUUUAGUGCCAUUUCCUCACAAACAUUGUGUGUGUGCUAUGUGUGAUGGUGGUGGUUACAGUUAUGGAGGUAAAAGAUGUGUGAAGUUGUACAGUGUGUAAAUAUAUGUAACCAGCUCCUACCUUUAUUUCAAAACACACAUGCUGAUUUAAAUUUGCAUUGUAAUUACAUGCACUGUCUGGACAGUCUCUGAAAAAAAUUAGCUGGAUUGGAAGCCUCUGUGAUGCACAGGGCGUGCAGUAUGUUCACUGUGAGCUAACUGCUAUUUGUGAAUUACUUUGCUGAAAGCAAUCUAAUAGAAGUGCUAUUGCCUUUCAUACUUCCUGCCAAUUUUCAUGCAUCAUCUUGACUAUGUGGUUUCCUAAAGUGUGCAUGAGGCAAAACUAACAGACCGGCAUGAUUUGGCAGUCUUCUUGCCUGUCAUUAGUGGCAUUAAGAGGUUAAUUGAAGACAUUGAUGCUAUUUAUAAAAUCAAAACAUUGAAGGGGGACUUUCAGUGUGUUGUUCAAAGGUGUCAUUGUUUACAUACUGUUCAUCAUGCAACAUUGUUGUUAUAUGUGACUGGACUUUUAUUGUUUUUAUGUGCAGUUUGAAUGACUGAAAAUGAAUGGAUUCUUCUUUCUUCCUGUCAUGACGAAUUUAUUGAAUCGCCUAAGGCACUGUUUGUGAAUGCAGUGUCACCAGUGUGAACAGUACAUUGAUAUCAUGCUCGUGGAGCUGGAGUAUUUGGUUGAAUUAAAAGGACUUUAAGUUGA